AACAUCACGAACCAACACUUCCAACUUGUUGCACUUUCGCGCACCUCAGCUGUAGACGUUGAAAAGUUCCUUUGCUUCAGUCGCGCCGAAGAUUAAAAAAGACAUCACAAUGCUGAGCAAGAAGGUUGCUGUUGCCAUUGCCGUUGUUCUGGCCAUCAUCUGUUUGGCCGAAGCCAGGGAGGAAGGUCCUCACGACAUGGCUGAUGCUAUUCGUAUGCUACAGGAGCUGGAUCGCCUCUAUACCCAGGCUGCUAGACCAAGGAUUGACCGCCGCGACGUCGCGGACGCUGGCAGCAUGGACCCGCACUCGUUAGACCGCGCAGUGCGGCUUGUACAACUCUGGAAACUAGACAACAUGUACUCCUACAAAACUCGACCAAGAAUUGUACGCCGGAGCGCCGACAUCAUGGACCGAAACUCGUUAGAAUACAUGAGGGCUCUCGUGCAACUGCAACAACUAGACGACAUUUACUCCUACAAAAAAAGGCCAAGGUUCGGGAAACGCUCGGAUACUUACUCCAACUGGGCUAAGGACGUCGAAAAACCGGAUUUACCAGCUUGGCUAGCUUACGCCCGAAGGAGAUGAGAUGUUCACCAUUACGAUUCCUAAUUACAAUAUCAAUGUUUGUGAUUACUAUAACAUCGUAAUCGUCGUCCCGGUCAACCGUUUCAAUAUCAAUUUCAAUAGCUGGAUGUGUAAUCUUAAUCGUAGCUAUUAUAUCAGUUUUGUAACUUAAACUAUUAUUUGUGUGAUAUAAGUUAUUUUCUAAGUCAGUGACGUGAUCUAAGUCAUCAGUAUUAGUUUCGCCUUUAAGUCCUAUUAUGUUCCUAUAUUUAUUAAUAUUUCAAUUAACUGCUUUGGUGAUAGUUAAAUGGACUGUA